AUGCCCUUCAAGGGGGCUACGAUUCUUUUUGGGGGGUUGAUGUUUCUCUGCUUCUUUUCUAGCCUGGCCAACUGCUUCUCUUGGAGACCGCAUACGGUUGCUGCUGGAGAUGAUCAUUCCGCUAUUCAACAACAUCAACACAGCGACAGCAGUUCCCUCUGGAUGCAACAAGCGGAUCGAAAACUUUCCAACGUUUAUAGCACCGCCCUACAAGAGCUGCAGGAUUUGGAGUCGCAGCCUCUCUGCCAUCGCAUCGCUGCGCGCCAACUGGUCAACAACUGUCACCUCCUGGACGGCCAAGAUGACGCCAAGGUCCACCUCGACAGUGGAAGGGCCGCUCGAGACUUUGUCGACUUCUACGCGGCAAGCCUUGCUAUUUGCGACUUGGAGCGCGGUAGUUUCCUGAUUCCAAAGUCAUGCUUCAAGUUCCGAGAACCAUUCCUGGCAGCGCUCCCUGUCCCAACCAGCGCAAAGCUUCAUGUCUCGACUAAUGAGAUUGACGAGUGCCUCGAGGGCCUCGCACAGUCGGACUCUGCUUGGAACACUUGGGUCAGCUAUCGUCAUAAGGCGCUAAGAUUCUGUGACGCCGCACGUGUGGAUAACCAGAAAGAUGAGAACAUCUUUCUUUACCAACGAAUCACCAAGAUUCUCGAGAAACUUACCAACGAUGUCGAGGCAGACUUGGAGAAGCGUUUUCAAUCCCUCAACCGAGCCUUCGACGCUGCAAGCCAGUCAGUGGAAAGUAUUGGCCCGCAAGCCAAGUAUCUGCAGAUGGAGAUGGAAAAGGCUAGCAGGAUCCUCCGAGAUGAUUUGGGCCAUGCGAUUCAGGAUUCUCGAGACAUCGUGACGAGCGGUCUGGAAGAAGCGCAAGCACUCCACGAUCUCCUUGAGAUACUCGUUCGCGCAGUCCAAACGAAUACCGCCGAUAUCACCACAUCACAAGAGGUUGCAUUGCGAACCAACACUGAGAAGUGGAAUGACGAGAUUGGGGGUUUGGUGACAGCACUGACUGCAGUGGUCGCAACCUCGCUUGAUCAGAUGGAAACGACGGCAGCUAGGAGUGCAGAUAUCCUAGCGAAACAGGCCAAAAUCGAGCAAGGCAUGGACAAGCUUGAAGAACUCGCCGACGAUCUGGUUUUCAAGUACGAAAGCUACGAAUCGCGACUCGAUGAUGCUUUGCAAAAGUCCAGUCAGGUACUGGACGUUCUUGAAGCAACUGCCGCUUCGGCUGCUGGACUCCAGGGGUAUAUGCUGGGUGGUCUUGGGUUCUCUGGAUUUUGGCCCUACAUUGUGUGUCCAGCUUUGUCACUGGCGAUGGGAUCAUAUAGGCUUGAACCUUCACUCCUGCGAAACAUAUGGCUCGUCGGUAUCGGUGAAUUAAUGGGUGUGAUUGUAUCGAAAGCGAGCUAUUACGCGAAUAUCUUCAGCUCUGCUAAAGUUUUCGAAGCAACCACUGACCUGACACUCAACCAAACCUUUCCCGCCACGGCAUGGGAAGUAACUUACUGA